UUUGCUGAAUAACAAUAUUUUGUGCGUAAUAUUCAUAACAAAAAUAGUUACCAAUUUUACUCGUUUUAUGCAAUUAACGUAAGCAUAAAUUUAAUCUUAAUGUCAUUAGCCAAAGUUCAAGACGCACCCGUCGUAUGGAAAUAUUUGAACGGACUUGUAAAUGUGUACAAACCGGCGGGACUAACCGUUCAACAAGUUCGACAUACAAUCAUUGGAAAUCUAUGCCGAGAUCUCAAUCAGCUACGAGUAAGACCACCACUGCAACGAGUAGCAAUUGAAGCGACUUCAGAUGACAAAUUUCUUGUCCGACGAACGGAAGAUCUCGCAGAUAACGUUUUGGUGGUUGGUCCCCGCUAUCAAACAGAGGAUGUAAAAGUUCGCAUGAGCGCCAACCAUGGCCGAUUUACAAGUGGAGUGAUGGUACUAGGAAUAAACAAAGGGCUCAAUCUGGCGUACCGGCUCCAGCAGAAUCGACCGUUGCGUGUGUACCGGAUCACGGGAUUUUUGGGCAAAGCGACCGAUAGCCAUUUCGGUGAUUCAAGAGUGAUAGCGAAAGCCACAAUAAAGCAUAUCGGAUCAGACAAAAUUAGCAGACUGUUGGCAUCCAUGCAGGCGUCCCAUCAGAAAAAGAUGUUCGAACUUUGCGGAGUGGACAUGCAAUCGCAGGCAGCUUACGAACUGGCGGCCAGGGGAACGAUUCGUCCCACGGAUAAAUCCCAACCGAUGAUCUAUGGCAUCAAGUUGAUAGAAUUUCGGAGGCCAUUUUUUACUAUUGAACUGCAUGCCAUCAACGAAACGGAAGCCUACAUAGGAACGUUGGUGCACGAAAUUGGGCUGAAUUUAAAAUCAGUGGCACACUGCGUUGGCAUCCGAUGUAUCCGUCAUGGACACUUUGAACUGGAACAUUCACUGCUGCGAAAAGAUUGGAACUUGCAGUCCUUUUUGAACAGCAUGGCUCACAGCAACCAGCUAAUCAAGCAGCACCCUGAAAUGAUGAAUCAAGUAAAUUCCGAACUCGUGGAUAUUGGUGAUGAACAACCGAACGAAAACGAGGAAUAAAUAUAUCGAUAAGCGAUUCA